GUCGGUUUUAGGGAAUUCGACUUUAGCGCGCUGCGGCGUUAAUAUUUGAGCUCAUUCAGUGAGUACCCUUAACUACUCACUCAAUGUCCAAAACAGCGACUCAAUCACUCACUCACUCAAACGGUCAGUGUCACCAUGUGCCAUCGCGCUCCAUUUACACGCAUUGCCGGCGACUGUUUGCGAACUGGGAAACAUAUUUUCAUUUUACUUCGCUCGAGGCUCAUUGGGGCUUUGUUGUGAAUUCAGUACAAUUUUGCAUUUCGCGGCGUCGUGGCACGUUUCCGGUAGUUCAGUGACAUUUUCGUGACACCAAACGAAUUGGGUGAAGUGGACCUUUGUAAAACUCUCUGAAGCUCUGAAGUACACAUACAUAUACAAACACACAAAACGCCGUUAAGUGAACAUAUUUUGGCUUGUAACGUGCAAAUCGCAUCCGGUCCGAGAAGCCAGUUCGCUUUUGGUCAUUACAUUCGACGUUUUAAUUGUGAGAAAUUCUUAAUAGUCAUCAGUGAAUUUUCCUCCACUCUUUGCUGUGUUGUGCUUCAUCUGGCCUCCCGACCGUCAUGUAAAUACAAGUCUUUAAUGCGACCCCCGCAACACAGGUGUGCAUGCGUUUGUUUGUGCUUAUGUGAGUAACAUCGAUUCGCCCGCACUCGUAACUACUUUUCGCUAUCAAAUUUGUGGUGUAAUUAAUUUAUUUACAUUUCCGCUAACUGUCCAACUGUGCCAGUAGCGUACCGACCGGCGCGUGUAAAAGAGGUGGAUGUGAAGACCCGGUAUAAAUAUGUAUAAUACAUAAUACAAAUAUAUAACAGGUAUAACAACACCUACUUAAGUGUCUCUCACAUAAAAUCUUGAUAACAAUACUGUUGGCAUUCCGGCUGGCGAUUAUCUGUGCGUGGAAAAUAAGUAAAAUUUAAUGAUUGCAACAAUUCCAUUGUGUAGCUUAAAUUGCUCUCCCGCUAUAAAGAGGCGUGCGGAUAUUCCCACAUACCAAGUGCAGACGUACCAAAGACUUCAGACAGAGCAGAGCAUGAUAAUGAAUUGAGAAAAAAAUUUAUAAUAAUUCGCUGCUUCUGCAAAUUGUAGUUAUUGCGCUAUUUGGCGUCGCAGUCAUUGUGCGGGGCAGUUGUGAGCAGUUCUGCUGCUUUCGAUGAAAAUAAUUGAAUAUUAUCGUUGAACGUUUAAAAAUAAAUAUACACAUUGGAUUCGUAAUUAUAAAUCUGAUAAGAAACAUUAAAAGCUCAAAACGAGUGUUCAAACUAAAGUGCCACAAAAGAAAACCUGUGGAGGAACCUGCAUCUCUGUACUGUACAGCUACUCCGUUUUGUAAUACGCUCAAGCAAUCAAGUAAAAAAGGAACUAAGUAAGAUAUGCGCUGAUGUUGUAGCGGAAAAUUGAAUGCAACAUGAAAGAUGUUGGGCCAAAUUGAAAUUAACCAUUAUACAUAGGAGUUCCACGACGAAACUGUCAAUAACACGGAAAAUAGCAACUUUUCUCAUAAAAAAUAGUCAAAAUAUUGUGAGUCAACAAACAAGCGACAACAAAGGAAAAUAGAAACAAAUUAGGGCGGAAAAUAGAGCAAAUAGCGCCAGCAAUAAAGAAAGCCAUAACAACUACAUUAAACAACAAAAUCAACAACAACAUUAGGAGAGUCAACAGGCGAUUGUCAGCAACCAAGAACAUCCGCCGCGGACACACGGCAACCUUCUCUGCCCACACCGAAUUCCUUCGAACGAUUAGUAUCUUGUUUGAUAUUAUCCCACGCCAGCUUAGCGUUUAUCCGUUGAGGAACGUCGUUUUUUCACUCAACGCAAACCAACGCAUCGACUGACGGUGUAUUAGCACUUUGCUUUGUUUCUUGUUACGACAUUGUGUAUUUCGGUGUAAAAGGUGCCAUCAACAAAACAGCAGUCGUGGAUACCACCGGUGAUUAUCACGAGUCAGUGCUAGUGCCGCCGCCCUGUCCACCCGCCACACCGCCCUACCAGCGGCUAACGAAAGCGCUGCAGUGCGAUCCAAGAUGCGGACACGAGGUAACCAUCGGCCGGCGCAUCGGUCUUUACAGAUUUUGCGGCGAUAUUGGACGUGGCAACUUUUCCAAAGUCAAAUUAGCUGUACACCAACUAACACGCGACAAAGUGGCUAUCAAAGUAGUUGACCGUGGUGGCUUGGAUGCAAAAGCGUUGCGUAUGCUCUCCAGUGAAAUAGCGACGCUCGAAUGCGUGCAUCAUCCCAAUAUUUUAAGGCUUUUCGAAGUGGUGGAGACAUUGGGACGUGUAUAUCUUGUCACCGAGUGGAUACGCGGCGGCGAGCUCUACAAUCACAUCACCCAGGGUGGCCCGCUGCGGGAGAUACACGCUGCGCCCUUGUACAAGCAGCUGUUGUUAGCCGUAAAACACAUGCACAGCUUGGGCUUUGUGCAUCGCGAUAUUAAGGCUGAAAAUGUGCUACUGCUAUCAGAGGAUCGCUUGAAACUGGCUGAUUUCGGUUUUAGUACACAACUUAUCAAUGGUGCCAAUCAGAAGCUGGACACAUUUUGUGGUUCUCCCCCGUAUGCUGCUCCUGAACUGUUCUCCGAUGAUCACUAUGUCGGCGCGCCGGUGGAUAUUUGGGCGCUUGGUAUUUUGCUUUAUUUUAUGGUUGUCGGUAAUAUGCCAUUUCGAGCGCCCACAAUACCCGGCCUGAAAGCGGCGAUAUUGAAAGGUGACUAUCUGCUGCCCGGACAAUUGAGUCUGCCAUGCAUAAGACUUAUCCAACGCAUCCUUAUACACAUCCCCGCACGUCGUCCCACUAUUGACGAUAUGCUCACCAGUCAAUUCGUUUGCUAUCCAAAACUCAGCGCCGAACUCAUGCAAUAUGAGAUCAAUUUACGUACGAAGCCCGUCAAACGUUCCGGUUUCUGGGUGCGCUCAAAGUCACGACGCAUGCGCAAAUCGUAUUCAUUGCGCGAACGCUAUAUGGAGGUGACCAAUAAGCCGCCUAUUAAUAUGAAUACACGCAAAAAUGACGGCGUAUUCGUCGAUAACUUUUUACAUCCGAUCGAAAUCAAUCGUGAUCUACCCAACGAACUCUCGAAGGAACCAUCAAAGCCAAACACGCCAAAACGUUCAUUCUUCUGCGGUACGCUAAAGAAGAAAGUCAGCCCAAUGGAAUUGGAGAAGGAGCGACAAUUGGCCAACGGUAACGGUUGUGAGAAUCGUCAAUGGAAUGCAGAUGUGGCCAUUGAUUGUUCGCUUUUCAAAAACUACGAUGUUGAGACGGGAGAUUUUAUCAUGCUGCCAACAAAUACCGAUGAUUUGACAUUGGUGAAACCGCUAGAAUACGAGGCGCGUCAGCUGCUCGACGAGCUGGGCGUCAACUCCGAAAUGUUGCGUGCGGCCAUACAAAAUGGUCCACGUAGUGAUAUAAUCGGCACAUAUCGAAUUAUUGUAAAUCGCCUGCAAAAGCAGUCAUGGUUGGCGCGAAAGCAUGUCGAGCUGGCGCUACAAGAGAUGCCAAAGAUAGAGAAGAAAAUUGAACGCUCAUGCUGCAUACUUUAAAGCGUACAAAGUGCAUGCGUUGACCGCUUUCUCUCUCUCACUUCCACUACACAAAAAUAUUACUUGUGCUACUCACAAUCUUCCAUAAACUCCUUGUCUCUCUCAUUUUCUCUCUAGCUAUAUAUAUAUAUCUCUCGCUCUCUCGUAUCAGCCCAUAUGGUUCUGUCUAUGUAGUAGUAGAUAUUAAUCAGUUGCAUCGUGUUUGUCACGUGACGUGUGUCUGACACGUGACAAGCGACAAAUUACUACUCGUGCAAGUAUAUUGACAUGUGUUACAUACAUACGUAUGUAAGUGUAGUUGCGUUAAAACUGUGUAUACGUGUAAGUAGUGAUUUUAAUCGCUGAUCUCGGAAAUGACUACUCAAUAAUCCCACUUCGCAGAAAAAAAUGCAGUGAAACGAAGUUAUAUAAUACAUUAGUCGAAUUUCAUAGCGGUAGUUAUAAUGUAAUAAACACGUAAAUAAUAGUCAAAUUGAUAAAUAAUCGUUAGCUGAAUGUACUUGCUCUAUUUGAACAGCAAGAAAGGUGUAUGUUCAUAUAGACUAGUUAUACGUUACACUCGAAAGAAGAAGCAUAACACAUAUAUACAUAUAUAUUUAUUAUUAAUAAUAUUAGACACACACGCGAAUGUGUUAAGUUCGUUAUAUUUUGUAAUUUUAUAAUUUAUAAAAACUUAGUGUUAAAUGUCAAAAAUGUUGUAUUUUAGUUAUGAACUGUGGCAAGUAAAUAUUAUAAAAAGAAAACCAAGAAUCUUUUAAACUGAAACUGUUGGUCCAUUUUUAGUCACAAAUUUGUGUCGAAAAUCCAUUAAAAAAAAAUAUAUAUAUAUAUAUAUAAUAAAACGAAAAAGGCAGCAAGCAUUUUGCAUAUUUGAAUUGUCUCCCAUGGAGUCAUUUACAUACCUUUAUAAACGUUUAACAGAACUUAGUUUCAUAAAUAACUAUUGUAUAUCGUUUAACUAUGUUCGUUAUGUCGAUUUUGAAUGUAAUUCAGUCUAAUAAAUAAAUGACGAGAGUCUUAAAAAUAAUAUUGGA